CGUCGGAUUUUCAAAGCCACCUUCUCCAUCCAGUUAUCAACACGAGCCACACCCGCCUCCAACACAACGCAGGCCAAAGUCUCCUCGGACCCGCCCGUAUACACCCCGCGAGGCGCUUGCCCUUGUUCUCUCCCUCACGCGUUCUCGCAACUACCCCAACCACACCAAAUGGCUGACAGGGGUCGUGGCGCAGGCAGAGGUGGCGCGCGAGGCGCAGCCUCAAACAGAGGGCGCGGUUCGCAGUCAGUCCUUUCUGUCCGCACCAAAAUGCCAUCAAUCGUGCUGAUGAGUACGUGCGCGCCGCAUAUACAGAGCCCAGCCAACAAUGGACAAGCCGAAGCGCGAGGCUAUUCUCGAUCUGUCCAAAUACGCCAACGAAAGGAUACGAGUCAAGUUCACGGGCGGCAGAGAAGUUACUGGCGUGCUGAAGGGCUAUGAUCAGCUACUCAACCUUGUGCUCGACGAAGUCGAAGAAAAUCUCCAGACAGAGUCAGACUCGGAACCAAAAACUCGUCAACUGGGACUUGUGGUGCUCCGUGGGCCCACGAUCACCCUCCUCAGCCCGGUAGACGGAUCUGAGGAGAUUGCGAACCCCUUCGCGCAGCAAGAAUGAGCCACCGCGCCCGUACUGCGACGGUUCUUGUGACAAGCAGAAGACUUCUUGCAAAGGGCUUGGGAUAGCAUAUACCGAUCUCGGGGAUCUGUUCCAUAUAUGCCGAUGAAUGGCUCGUCUGAGUGACGACGCAGUUGA